AUGCGAAGGGAAGGGGAUGGGGGGAAGCAGAGAAGGGGAUGGGGGGAAGCAGGGAAUGGGAUGGGGGGAAGCAGGGAGCGGGAUGGGGGGAAGCAGGGAGCGGAAUGGGGGGAAGCAGGGAGCGGGAUGGGGGGAAGCAGGGAGCGGGAUGGGGGGAAGCAGGGAGCGGGAUGGGGGGAAGCAGGGAAGGGGAUGGGGGAAAGCAGGGAAGGGGAUGGGGAGAAGCAGGGAAGGGGAUGGGGGGAAGCAGGGAAGGGGAUGGGGGGAAUCAGGGAGCGGGAUGGGGGGAAGCAGGGAGCGGGAUGGGGGGAAGCAGGGAGCGGGAUGGGGGGAAGCAGGGAAGGGGAUGGGGGGAAGCAGGGAAGGGGAUGGGGAGAAGCAGGGAAGUGGAUGGGGGGAAGCAGAGAAGGGGAUGGGGAGAAGCAGGGAGCGGGAUGGGGGGAAGCAAGGAAGGGGAUGGGGAGAAGCCUGGCGGAGGGAGGGGGGAAGCAGGGCGAAGGGAGGGGGGAAGCUUGGCCGAGGGAGGGGGGAAGCAGGGCGAAGGGAGGGGGGAAGCAGGGCAGAGGGAGGGGGGAAGCAGGGCAUAGGGAGGGGGGAAGCAGGGCGGUGGGAGGGGGGAAGCAGGGAGGAGGGAGGGGGGAAGCGGGGAGGAAGGAGGGGGGAAGCAGGGAGGUGGGAGGGGAGAAGCAAGGAGGGAGGGGGGAAGCAGGCGGAGGGAGGGGGGAAGCAGGGUGGAGGGAGGGGGGAAGCAGGGUGGAGGGAGGGGGGAAGCAGGGUGGAGGGAGGGGGGAAGCAGGGCGAAGGGAGGGGGGAAGCUUGGCGAAGGGAGGGGGGAAGCUUGGCGGAGGGAGGGGGGAAGCAGGGCAGAGGGAGGGGGGAACCAGGGCGCAGGGAGGGGGGAAGCCUGGCGGAGGGAGGGGGGAAGCAGGGCAGAGGGAGGGGGAAGCAGGGCAGAGGGAGGGGGGAAGCAGGGCAGAGGGAGGGGGGAAGCAGGGCGCAGGGAGGGGGGAAGCCUGGCGGAGGGAGGGGGGAAGCAGGGCAGAGGGAGGGGGGAAGCAGGGCAGAGGGAGGGGGGAAGCAGGGCGAAGGGAGGGGGGAAACAGGGCAGAGGGAGUGGGGAAGCCUGGCGGAGGGAGGGGGGAAGCAGGGCGAAGGGAGGGGGGAAGCUUGGCGGAGGGAGGGGGGAAGCAGGGCAUAGGGAGGGGGGAAGCUGGGCAGAGGGAGGGGGGAAGCAUGGCAUAG